AUGUUAUAUUUUCCAACUAUUAUAUCUGUUCUUGAAGUUUUAGCUGUUACUAUACCUGUUUUAUUAACAGUAGCUUUUAUAGUAGUAGCUGAAAGAAAAACAAUGGCUAGUAUGCAAAGAAGAUUGGGACCUAAUGCAGUGGGUUGAUAUGGUCUACUUCAAUCCAUUGCGGAUGCUCUUAAACUUCUAUUAAAAGAAUAUGUUUCUCCUACACAAGCCAAUAUUGUUUUAUUUUUCCUUGGUCCUAUUAUAACUUUAAUUUUUUCACUAUUAGGGUAUGCUGUAAUACCUUAUGGACCUGGUUUAAUGUUGUUAGACUAUAAUUUGGGUAUAUUAUAUAUGUUGGCUAUGUCUUCAUUAGCUACGUAUGGGAUACUUUUAGCUGGAUGAUCAGCUAACUCUAAAUAUGCAUUCUUAGGAUCAUUGAGAAGUACAGCUCAAUUAAUUAGUUAUGAGUUAAUAUUAAGUUCUGCUAUACUUUUAGUAGUACUAUUAGCAGGUAGUUUAGAUAUUACUGUUAUUAUAGAAGCUCAAAGAGCUAUUUGAUAUGUAAUACCUUUAUUUCCUAUAUUUAUUGUAUUUUUUAUAGGGUCUAUAGCAGAAACCAAUAGGGCUCCCUUCGAUUUAGCAGAGGCUAAGGAAUCAGAAUUAGUUAGUGGUUUUAUGACAGAGCAUUCAGCUGUUAUUUUUGUAUUUUUCUUUUUAGCUGAAUAUGCUAGUAUUAUUCUUAUAUGUAUUUUAAAUAGUAUUUUAUUUUUAGGUGGUUAUCUGUUUGAUUUUAACUACUAUCUGUACCCUUAUUUUUAUUUAGUGCAAUUUAUUGCAGGUGAUAGUUAUAUGUAUCUAACAGAUAAUGAAACCAAUUUUAAUGUAAUUGACUUUGAUAAUUACAAUUCAAUUAUAGGAACAACUAUAAGUGGUGUAGUAAUAGGGGUUAAAACUUGUAUAAUGAUAUUUGUAUUUAUCUGAGCAAGAGCAUCAUUCCCGCGUAUACGUUAUGACCAACUUAUGUCUUAUUGUUGAACUGUUUUAUUACCAAUAGUCAUUGCAUUUAUUAUACUAGUCCCAUGUAUAUUAUAUAGCUUUGAAAUAAUGCCUUGUAAUAUACCUUUAUUAUAA